AUGGACGGUGUCGUCGUUCAGCGACGAGAUACAAGGUCUCGCGCGGACAAUACGUACGAAAGACCAAAUGAUCCAGUAGUCGACAGUAAAGAUCGAGCUGAUGGAGCGGUGGCUGGAGCGGUGAAGAAGCAGGCGGACAAUUGGCCAGUCGAGGAAGCAGGAGCUAGCAUCGAGGCCAGACUCGGAGGAGCUCCCACCGGCACCGACGGUGCUAUCGCUAUCCACGGUGAUGAAGCGUAUGUACCGGGACCCGAUGAUGUACUCGUCUGCGCCGAGGGUGGUGGACCUGUUUGCUCUGAAUGCGAAGCGGGCGGCGUAAAAUGGAGUCCGAAACGGACGACGACGACGACGACGCUGCAACCAUCAUAA